UUUCGACUUGGGUGGAAAGUUUGUUCAAAGAGUUUAUAAAGGAGAUGGGGAGCGGGUUGAGUGGGUGAUGUGACCUCCUAACUCCGAUGUCUUCGCGUCGCGGUGGGACACAUGAAACGGCAACCACGGUCCAUGCCCCGUGUACGGCCAGUAACGUGACCAUGUCCUGCGCGGCCACAUGGAGCUGUAGGAAUAGAACGUAACUUUACACGCUUUUGGGUGCAUCAACAGUGCAAGUGACGCGCUGUUUUUGUGUGUGAAGCAAACACGCUCCCUUCCACGUUGUUCCACCGAGAGCUACGAUGCGGGGAACCGUGGCAGCGCUCAUUCAGUCAUGUCUAAUUCUGCUGGUCCGGGCUGACCAGUGGCUCAAGGACUCGGGGAACUGCGAACUCAAUAAGAAACAAAGCGAACUCAACUCCUUCCUGUGGACCAUCAAACGGGACCCCCCCUCUUAUUUCUAUGGCACCAUCCACGUCCCCUACACCCGCGUUUGGGACUACAUACCCGACAACUCUAAGCAGGCCUUCCAGGAGAGCAACAUUGUCUACUUUGAACUGGACCUCACUGACCCUUACACCAUCUCCGCUCUGACCAGCUGUCAGCUCCUGCCCCAGGGCGAGAACUUACAAGAUGUUCUACCACGAGACAUAUACCGCAGACUGAAGAGACAUUUGGAGUAUGUGAAGCUCAUGAUGCCCUCCUGGAUGACCCCUGACCAGAGAGGCAAAGGGCUGUAUGCAGAUUACCUGUUCAAUGCCAUUGCGGGAAACUGGGAAAGGAAGAGACCGGUUUGGGUGAUGCUUAUGGUGAACUCUUUGACGGAGGCCGAUAUAAAGACUCGAGGGGUCCCAGUAUUGGACUUAUACUUGGCCCAGGAGGCGGAGAGGAUGAGGAAGAGGACCGGAGCGGUGGAGAAGGUGGAGGAGCAGUGUCAUCCGUUGAAUGGACUUAACUUCUCUCAGGUGAUCUUUGCCCUGAAUCAGACGUUGCUGCAGCAGGAGUCGUUGAGGGCUGGGAGUGUGCAAGUCCCUUACACCACUGAAGAUCUGAUCCGCCAUUAUAACUGUGGAGAUCUCAACUCUGUCAUCUUCAAGCAUGACACUUCACAGGUCCCUAACUUCAAAAAUGUGACCUUACCACCCAGUGAACAGGUGACAGCUCAGGAGAUAGACAGUUACUUCAGACAGGAGCUGAUCUAUAAGAGGAACGAGCGCAUGGGCAAACGGGUCAAAGCUCUGCUGGAGGAACACCCCGACAAGAGCUUUUUCUUCGCCUUCGGAGCAGGUCACUUUCUUGGCAACAACACGGUCAUCAAUGUGCUCCGUCGCCAGGGAUACGAGGUGGAGCACACUCCCGCAGGCCAGCCAAUAAGCAGACACUCUUCUUCUCGACCCAUCUCACCCGAAUCUGAAGACCACCACGAGGAACCUCCAGUCCUGGAACCGUUCCUCCACGAGCUCCCACACGGCGGGCACGACCAGCUGGACGAAGAGCACCUGCCUCACCUCCUGUUCCCGCCCGACAGCCUGGAGCUACUGGAGAAAGCCGAGAGAAAGAUGCUGAAAAAGAAACGGAGGAACAAACAGAAGAAGCAGAGGCACAGGCAUUUCAACGACCUGUGGGUGCGCAUCGACGACAGCAACAUGGUCCACUCCCCUCCUCCUCCGAUGGUGCGAAUCAUCAACGGCUACAUCACGGUACAACCUCCGGAGCGACCGCAACACCACAACUACGACUACCACCAAGUGUACUCAGCAGCGCCCUCUUUCUGCUCGCUCUCCUCACUGCUCGCAAUGGUCAUCUGCCUGACAACUAUUCAAAAUUUACGGGCUCUUGUAUUAUAGAGCACUCAAAUGUGAAUAAUUGUAUGAACUUUGUAAUGAAAGAGUUACAACUUUAAGAAUGCGAAGGGAACUUAUUAUGGAAGUCUAUGGAAUACAAAAAUAUGUAAAUCGCUGUCUGCAUCCCUGUACGGUAUUGCAUAAUAUAGCAGAAAAUGGACACUCUUGACUUGAAACUAAAAACAUGGCUAAACACCAUGAGUAAACGUACAGGUUGUUAGCUGUAUGACUUUUUGUAAAUGUUUGUAUGUAUGUGAACCUUUCAUGUGAGCUCUUAACCCACAAAAUGUUGAUGUUUUUACUACCUUAAUUUAUUCUUCCAUUUUAGAAGAAUGUAUUUGAUGUUUGCGAUGGAGGGAUUGUACAUAUUGUUUAAAAGUCAUAGAUGUAUUUUAGAUAUAUAAAAUUAUAAGAAGCUGGUGUUGUUGUUUAUAAAUUUAUAUAUAUAUGAAUAGAUAUGCAGUAUAUUUUUGAAAAGAGAAUCAGGAACUAACCAGUGCGGCCUGAAAGGGACAGGUAUCAGUGUUAUUGUCUACACACAGGGUUCAUGUUAAUAAGUACAUGUUUAAUUUAUUUAACGUCUAUAGUUUUGCUGUAGAUUUGAUGAAACAUUCCCAUUGUUUUUUUGUGUGUUAUAACAGAAGUGAGCCAAUGUUGCUGUCUGUACAUUGAUGUUCAUACAAAUGCAUCUGACACUGUUUACUGUUUAUCCAGAAUAUUUUGGUUUUACAAUUUACUCUCGCAUCAUAUGAUUCUUAUAGUAU